CUGGCCCUUGUUAUGUCAGCUUACAAUAAGACUGAUAUCCAUCCAUCAACCUUCAUUCUCAUUGGCAUUCCUGGAUUGGAGGCUUCCCACAUAUGGAUCUCCAUUCCCUUUUGCUUAGGUUAUCUUUUGGCCCUCUUGGGAAACUGUUCACUUCUGGUUAUCAUCAAGACAGACACCAGCCUCCAUCAGCCAAUGUACCUCUUCCUGUGCAUGGCGGCUGGGGCUGAUCUUGUAGUGUGUACUACAGUUGUUCCCAAACUUCUCAGCCUCUUCUGGUUCCAGGACAGAGAGAUUCGCUUUGAAGCCUGCCUCACCCAAGUGUUCCUGAUUCAUUCUUUCUGCAUCAUGGAGUCUGGUUUCUUCUUGGCUAUGGCUUUUGACCGUUAUGUAGCCAUUUGUAAUCCACUAAGACACUCAACAAUUCUGACCCACACUGUGACUGGGAGGAUGGGCAUUGCUAUUGUACUUAGGGGCACAACACUUCUUUCUCCUCACCCUUUCAUGUUACGUUGGCUUCCCUACUGCAGAACAAACAUAAUUUCCCAUACCUACUGUGAGUUCAUGGCACUAAUCAAGAUUGCCUGUGCUGAGACAAGGGUCUGCAGAGCCUACAGCCCCAUCGUUGCCUUCCUUACUGGAGGGAUGGACUUCAUACUGAUCAUUUGUUCUUAUGUGAGAAUUCUCUACACAGUCUUUCACCUCCCAUCCAAGCAUGCUAAAUUCAAGACCUUGAGCACCUGUGGUUCUCAUGUGUGUGUCAUCCUAGUGACUUAUAUUCCAGCCUUCUUCUCUUUUCUCACACACAGGUUUGGGUACCGUGUGGCUCCCCAUGUGCACAUAUUUGUGGCCAACAUCUGUCUUCUUUUCCCACCCAUGGUGGGUCCAAUUAUUUAUGGUGUGAGGACCAAGAAGAUACGAAACAGAUUCCUUAAGUUGUUCCUGUUUUCAAAAUCUCUGAAUUGA